GCGCUCCCCUUCGAAUCCCCCUCGCGUCGAGAUUCGGGCCCUCUCCCGCCCUUCCGAUUCUUCUACAAGGUUCGCCCGACAGCAAACGAUUCUAUCCAAGGCUCGAUUUCGGCACGUUUGCAGGAUGAAAAACUCAGAUUCAUCUGGAGUCUCCUACGGAGGGGAGGUACAUGCAGUAACCCAAAACACAAGAGAGGUAGUAGUGAGGUUUGAGUAGUGAGAUUUGAUUAGAGGGAGCCAGUGUAAGAGACUGUUUCAAAAGGAUCUGGAAGGUAUUUUGGUGACAGAUAUCCCAUGCUUCACAGGGUUCUGAAGAAAGAUGUGUUAAUUUGGUGUUCUAUACAAGAGACAAUAGGUGACCUUCUUAUAUGACAUCUCAGCUGGAGCUUGGGAGACCUGAAGAGAAACGGGUAUCACAGAGACAAGUGAAUGGGAUAUUCUGGAUUAUACUUCUUAACCUUGGUGUUUACGUGGCAGAUCACUGGUUUCUGAUUCGAGAGAUCAAAAUGCUGUAUUUAUAUCACUCCUUGCCUGCUUGGUACCAGUUCGUGACUGCAACAUUUUGUCAUGCUAGCUGGAACCAUCUUUCAAGCAACCUAUUCUUCUUGUAUAUUUUUGGAAAACUUGUUGAAGAGGAGGAAGGAAGUCUUGGGUUGUGGAUCUCCUACAUUCUUACGGGUGCCGGAGCGAACCUGGUCUCAUGGUUGGUUCUUCCAAGAAAUGCGGUUUCGGUUGGAGCUUCUGGCGCUGUCUUUGGACUCUUUGCAAUCAGUGUGCUUGUCAAGAUGCGUUGGGACUGGAGGAAGAUCCUCGAAGUUCUUAUACUGGGCCAGUUUGUCAUUCAGAAGGUGAUGGAAGAGGCACAAGCUUCUGCAGGGCUGUCAGGCGCUCUUGGCAGGGGAUAUUCCUUGCAGAAUGUUAAUCACAUUGCACAUCUCUCUGGUGCUCUGAUUGGUGUGGCUCUUGUAUGGCUCAUUAGUAGUAUCCCUUCUCAACCUUCAGACUCGGACACGCCAGGAACAAAGACCUAAAGAAGAACCUGAUAUUCGAGUUUGCAUUCUCCGCCUUUAGAUCACGACUCAUUGAAUUGGGGAAGGAAAAAAGCCUGGAUAGAAGUAUCAGAGUUCACGUUCCCGCCAAAACUGGUAUCUUUCAAAAAACUUGUUCAGACCCAAUUGUAAUUUUCUUUUUAAUCAGUGUAUUAUGAAAUUAUCUCAAAAGGAAAAGGCAAUCUGCAUGUCUGUCCGAAGGUUUGAAGGCAGCUGGCUGCACGACUAUCAUCAAGGAAAUCAUUUGGUAGGA